AUGAUCAAGAAAGCAGCUGUUGUGAGGUCUUCAAAAACGUAUAGAGGUCAGAAGAAACAGGAAGACAUGUGUUCCAGAGUUGGAAGCAGUUUUCAGGCAGAAAUUCCAGAUUACAUUGGGAAAAUCUCAAAUGUCGAUGCGAAAAAGUCUACCCCUAAUGAAUUUAGUGUGUGGAUGCCAAGUCUGCUGCCUAAUGUUCAUGAACUGAACUCCUAUCUCGAAUUCGCGAAACAGCACCAAUACACCCAAGAAUUGGCUUUGACACUUCUACAUUGGCAUAAUUAUGACAUAUCAAAUGCUGUUGAUGACAUACCUAAUUAUGCACCUGCAUACAACAAGUGGACGAAAAGUGAGGUGAAGAAGUUUUUGAGAUGUAUUGACUCCAAACCAAGGAAGAAUUUUGUAGAAGCUAAAAAGACGGUACCUGGACGUCAUAUGGGUGAUAUAUGUGCAUUAUAUUACUCUAUAGCUGCUCCCUUUAAAGCAAGAACUAGAAAUAAAUAUCACAAUGAACUAAUUGAACAAUGUUUUUCCCGAGCUGUUCGAACCGGCGUCGUUACAUGUCGCUGGGGCAAACGUUCAUCUGGUGGUGGAUCACAAAAUAAUUACCGUAGAUCUGGGUUAGCCGAAGACCCUUUGGAGUGUGAAGUCGAAUCGUAUUUAGUAAAUUUGAUUGGUGCUUCUAAAACAACCCAUUUGCUUGGUAAAGAGUUGAUGUCUACACCGUAUCCCAUCCCAAGCUCUAUUACCCCGAACUCUCCUCCAAAAUCUGUACAAAAUUGUUCGUCCACUUCUCCACUGCGAUGUCCAUCAGUCCCAGUUGGACGGGAAAAUGAAUCAAGUCCAGCUAGUUUGCCACUUUCGACGAAUACCUAUCAGACAAGCAGCUCUGAAGCAUCCUCACAAAUAGGUAGUGAAUCAGUAUGUCGAGCAAAAUCCAAUCGACAUAUUCUUCCCAAUGGCGCUUAUUAUGAUCAUGAGGAAUUCAUGAUAUUUUUAAGCAUGUCUAAUGAUCAGUUAUUACUUGAAAAAGAAGCAAAACUAGCUGAUUUACAACGAACUAAUGAAGAACUAUGUGAGAAAAUUGAAGUGACGUUCGGAUUGGAUCUGGAUGCACUGACGUCAGCUUUUAAUUCUGGGCAGCCAUCGUCAGUGGCAUUGCCUGAUACCAGUUCCAACCAAUCUGAAGAUUUUGAGGAGAAAAAACGAAAGGUGGAAGCUUCGCUCAAGCCUUUAUUGGAAGGAUGUACAGGAGAUCCGGAGAGCAUUUCUCCAAAGCGUUCGAAAUUGUCUGUCAGCGAAUCACUAGAAUUUAAUGCACCCAGAAUGCAAAUAUAUAAAGUCAAUUCACCAGAGUCAUGCACACAUGAGGUGGCUGUCCCACCGGAUAUGGAGUACAAACCAAUUAUUAGGGACAGUGGUUCUCCAGCGAAGAACUUUCCUUUCACUCUCGAUGCAUUUCAACAGCAAGCUAUCACAUGUAUUGAUAACAACCAGUCAGUUCUUCUAUCUGCCCACACUUCUGCUGGGAAAACUGCUGUGGCGGAGUAUGCCAUCGCAACUGCAUUGAGAGAGAAACAACGUGUAAUUUAUACCACUCCCAUUAAGGCACUCAGCAACCAAAAGUAUAGAGAAUUUUUCGAAGCCUUUCCAGAAGUGGGUCUGCUAACAGGUGAUGCCACAAUCAAUCCCAGUGCUAGUGUACUCAUUAUGACCACGGAAAUUCUGCAAUCCAUGUUAUAUAGAGGUGCUUCAAUGAUGCGAGAGGUUGGCUGGGUUGUAUUCGAUGAAAUCCAUUAUAUGCGUGAUCCUGAACGUGGAGUUGUUUGGGAAGAAACUAUAGUACUUCUACCAGACAGCGUUCGUUAUGUAUUUCUUAGCGCUACAAUUCCCAACGCUCGACAGUUUGCGGAAUGGAUUGCUCAUCUACAUCAUCAGCCAUGUCAUGUUGUUUCAUCUGACUGUCGUCCUGUACCUCUACGUCAUUAUCUAUAUCCUGUAGGUAGCGAGGGUCUAUUUCUCGUUUUAGAUGAGGGGAAGUACCUAGAACAAAAUUUCGAAAAAGCGAUGCGUUCAUUCUUAUCUGAAGAAUCAUCAAAUAAACGACAGAGGCCACACAUAGAUUCUAAUAAACGCUCCGAAAAUAAUGUUAUUCAAAUCGUUCGUUUGGUGAAACACCGGAGUUUGGAGCCAAUCAUUGUAUUUAGCUUCAGUAAAAAAGAAUGUGAAAUUUAUGCACUUCAACUAGCCAAAUUUGAUUUCACGACUGAUGCUGAGAAAAAGGUCGUUGAUGAAGUAUUCUGCAAUGCUAUAGACAGCCUUUCACCUGAAGAUCGCUCUUUACCUCAGGUGGAAAGUCUUCUACCCUUACUUAAGCAUGGUAUUGGGAUUCACCACGGAGGCCUUUUACCUCUUCUAAAGGAGACUAUUGAAAUAUUGUUUUCAGAGAAUUUAAUUAAAUGCCUCUUCGCCACAGAAACGUUUGCUAUGGGUUUAAAUAUGCCUGCUAGAACAGUCCUAUUCACUUCAGCCCGUAAAUACGAUGGCCAGUCGUAUCGUUGGAUAACAUCUGGUGAAUACAUACAAAUGUCUGGUCGUGCUGGUCGUCGUGGUAAAGAUGACAGCGGCACAGUUAUUCUAAUGGUCGAUGAGAGCAUGACUAGUGAAAUAGCACAUCAAGUUAUGAUGGGUCCACCACCUCCACUUAACUCAGCUUUUCACAUUACCUACAAUAUGUUGCUGAAUUUAUUACGUGUAGAAGAAAUUAAUCCCGAAUACAUGAUGGAGAGAAGUUUCUGUCAAUUUCAGAAUUAUUCCAGCCUUCCUGAUUUGUAUAAAGAAUUAAGCGAGUUACGUACAACUUAUGCGUCAACUAUUGUUGAAGACGAAGAGUCCGUUGAAUCCUAUCAUCAAAUUCACUCAUGUUUAAAUGAACUGGUUUGGCAACAAUGGCAGUACAUAAGACGUCCACAGUAUAUAGUACCAUUUCUUCAACCAGGUCGUCUUGUUAAAUCUUAUCGCUUUAUUUCACGUUCACUGUUGACUGAAGAACUUGUUAACAGUUGUGUUGAAUCAGUUUCUUAUGGAUGGGGAGCGGUAAUCAGUCUAAAGAAACGUCAGCGUAAGGACCGAUCAUCUGCGCCCGAGUCAUUUUAUAUACUGGACUGCUUGUUAUAUGCUAACCCCUGUAAAUCUGAUAUAGACGAUUCUGGUGUUGCUAAAACUGGUACCGUAACGGAUUCAGAAAGUUCGGAUUCGACAGGCGCUACUAGUGGUGAGACACAACCACUGGCUGAGAUUAUACCAAUCCGAUUGGAUUGUGUUGUCGGUAUCAGUGCUGUACGGCUGGUUGUUCCGAAUGAUCUCCGUUCAAAGGAAGCUAAACAAGGAGUUUUGAAUGCAAUAGAGAAGGCCAAAACUCGUAUGGGUGGAAGUUUACCAAUUCUAGAUCCCAUUGCAGAUAUGCAUAUUAAUGAUUCCCGAUUUUUGGAAGUGAAUGAGAAAGUAAACGCCUUUCAAGAACGUUUACAACAUCAUUGGUUGCAUGAUGAUCCCCGUCUUUCAGAACUUCUGAAAAACUAUACUAAGAAAGAACAGCUUCGUAAACGUAUUGAUAUUCUUACUGCUAAUCUUAACAGCAAAAUUUCAUUAAUUCAACUGGAAGAAUUAUCUGCGCGUAAACGUGUUUUACGACGGUUAAAUUUUGUUUCUGAACAUGACGUAAUCGAAUUAAAAGGCUGUGUAGCCUGUGAGAUUACAUCAGCAGAUGAACUAUUGUUAACAGAACUUUUAUUCGAUGGAAUUUUCAAUCGAUUAUCAUCAGAACAUACUGCAGCACUUCUUUCGUGUUUUGUGUUUCAAGAGAGAUCUUCUGAAAUGCCUAAACUAACCAAAGAAUUAUCAGAUGCUUUGCGCACAUUACAGGAUACAGCUAGACGUAUUGCACGUAUCAGUAAUGAAUGUCGCCUCCCUAUUGAUGAGGAUAAUUACGUGGAUUCAUUUAAACCUCACCUAAUGGAUCUUGUGGAUGCCUGGUCACGAGGCGCAUCAUUUGCUAGUAUUUGUUCUAUGACAGAUUUAUUUGAAGGAACAAUUAUUCGUACUUUAAGAUUGCUUGAAGAAUUGCUGCGGCAAAUGGCUAAUGCAGCUAGAACAAUUGGUAGCAAUGUUUUAGAAAAGAAAUUUAUUGAAGCUAUUGAGAAAAUUAAACGGGAUAUCGUUUUCGCUGCUAGCCUUUAUCUUUGA